CAUCAAUAGCCCGCCUGGCCGCCCGACGAACACCUUGCUGAAUGCACGCCGGCGUGGAGCAGUGAGGGUUCAGCCAACUGCUCUGUACACGGCCGAGAUGGCACAAGGGGCUGAUUGUAUCGAAACUUCGAAGAGGCGCGCCGGGGACGAGCCUGCUGCGGCUUCAGAAGGGCAGGACGGCAGCGACCCUGUGGAAACAGGAACGGGCGAUGUCGUUGACGCAGCAGCUGGUGAUCAUGCACAGCCGACAACCGCUGAACAAGAGGCGAGCAACGCCCUGGUUGACGGAGCGCAGGAGGGGACCACGAGCCAAGGCAUGUAUGCACUAUCCGACAGCGUGAACGUGAAGAAGUGCGUAAACUACGUGUUCGCGGCAGACGCGCCUGCCUCCAGAGCGAAAAGCUGCAGGCGUCCUCGCCCCACGACCGCAGCCGAACGCGCCCUGAAGAAAGUAGUGGAUGACGAUUCGCCUCUUUUUCUGACGCCCAUGUUCCAUGGCGCAAGUCAGAAGACCAAAACGCUGCUCUACCGCGCCAUGACGGACGAAAUUGCGCUAGCGGAGGACAUUGUGCCCGUAACGCGUGACCAAGACCGAUCCCCUUCCUUACUGAUCUUACUAUCGGGCGUGAUCGAAGUGCAAAUUUGCGGGCAGGUACGCAGCUAUUUUCAGUUUUUGCCGAGAAGCACAUCAUGAGGAGGCAUGAGGAUAUAUAUAAAACUGUAUGCACAACAAAGACAAAAACUUUUCAUGUAUCUCCGCGAUCGUUGAACAAGAACUCAUUUCUUCAUGUCGGCGGUUUUCACACAGGUCAUACGACGGAUGUUACAAACGGCCAUCUCUGUUAACGCAAUCUGGGGGAAAAUCUUCCAAGAACCUUCCGGAAUGUUUCCAGCGCCCCAACUUUUCAGGGCGUCAGUAGAUUGCAAACUGAAGGGCGCCCCAUUGCGCUUGCGGUGGCCUGGGCCGCAUCUAUAUUACGGCGGUGAAUAAUCUGACGCACAGCAUUCCGCCGGGCUCAAUUUUUGAGC